AUGGCGCCUCUCGAGAACGGCCAUACUAACGGCCUGAAUGGCGACGCCGUACCAUCCACGACACCCCCGGGCAACCUCCGAUUCUCUGACAUCCCCGACGCAAUUGAUAUCCCCGCAUCCAGCUUCGACAGCGAAGUCGAAGUCAGCUUGCUUGAGCUGCCCGAAGAUCCUACCGAGCUCUGCACCCUCCUCGAAAACGAAAAAGCCGCAAAGAACUUCUGGGUGAUCAUCGCGCUCGCAUAUGCGAAGCGCAAUCAGUAUGACCAUGCCAUCGACAUCUUGAACAAGGGUCUGGCCUCUGUGGCCCACGGUGCGACAAAGGAGAAGCUCGGCCUUCUGGGUUGGAUCUGCUGGCUACUGUUGCUGAAAAGCCGACACGCCCCUCGAGUUGCGCCUGACGGCGAGCUUUACUCCGAAGCUAAGACCAAGGAUCACUAUCUACAACUUGCGACAUCGACAUUGAACGAGGCCUCUCGUCUCAACCCAGCUUAUCCUCCUUUGUUCUUGGCGCGUGGUGUUCUAUGCUUGCUACGUGCAUCGCUUUAUGCGCCCCGUGCUGUUCGUCCCGGUGCCGUCGAUACAUCAGAGCGGAACGAGUCUCUUCGACAAGCUUUGAAAUGCUUCGACGAGUCCUCCAAGGCCUUCGGUGGUCGGAACAUCAUGGCGAUUUUGGGACGUGCCCGCGCACACUACAUGCUGGGAAGAUACGCCGAGGCCCUCGAAGGGUACCAGAAGGCUUUGAUCAAGAUGCCCAAUCUCAUGGACCCGGAUCCUCGCAUUGGUAUCGGAUGCUGCUUGUGGCAACUGGGCUUCAAGGACCAGGCCAAGGUUGCUUGGGAGAGAUCACUGGCUCUGAAUCCCGAAUCCAAGGUUGCCAACAUCCUCCUCGCGGUUUACUACCUCUACGACAGCUCUCGCCGCGCCACAACCGACCCCAUGUUCGGGUCAUUGUACAAAGUGGCCAUGACUCAAUACACACAAAAAGCGUUUAAGCUCGACAAGGAAUGUCCGAUGACCUGCUCUCUGUUUGCAGGCUACUUCCUUUUGCGCAAAACGUAUUCGACCGUCGAGACCUUAGCACGAAAGGCUAUUGAACACACAGAUGUCAUGUCUAUUGCUAGUGACGGCUGGUAUAUGCUUGGGCGGAAAUCACACUACGAGGGUGAUGCUGUGCAUGCCGCGGAGUUCUACAAUCGUUCAGACCAGGCCCGCGGCGGCGGCGAAAAGGGUUACUUGCCCGCGAAAUUCGGUGCCGUUCAAAUGCAAAUCAACAACAAAGACUUCGAUGGCGCCAAAUUCCGACUGGAGAAAAUCGUCCAGCAAUCGAAAAACCCAGAGGCGAUGACCCUGCUCGCAGCAAUCCACGCAGAGGAAGUCUUUGCUGCACAGAAAUCCGGUGGCAAGGAGGACAAGUCGAACGAGACCAAGCGAGCAAUCACUUUGCUGGAGGCUGUGCGCUCCAUGUGGAAGGACGAAAAGCAAAACCUCUCCCCCGAUGAGUCGGUUCUUGUCUAUCUCGCCCGCUUGUAUGAGACUACGGCCCCAGAGAAGAGCAUGCAAUGCUUGACACAGCUGGAGCAGAUUCAGCUUGCUAGCAUUCCCGAGGAUGCCCGUCCGGAUAUUGAUGACCAGGAUGAGCUGAAUGCUGCUCUUAGGGAGAGUCUUCCCCCUCAGCUUCUCAACAACAUGGGCUGCUUCCUCUACCAGAACGAGAAGAUUGCUCUGGCUCGUGGCUUGUUCCAGUCGGCUCUGAACUCUUGUGUGCAAGCCAAGGAGAAGACAGAGGACACCGAUCCUGAUGCUCUUGUUACUACAAUCAGCUACAACCUUGGACGGACUUACGAGGCAGCUGACAUGUGGGACGAAGCCAAGAAGGUCUAUGAAGGUCUCCUCGAGCGCCACAGCAACUACACAGAAGCCAAUGCCCGCCUGACGUAUAUUGCUCUGCGCCAGAGCCCUACCGACGAAGGCCCGAAGAAGAUUGCCAAACUUUACGAAUCAGACAACACCAAUCUGGAAGUCCGAUCGCUUUAUGGCUGGUACAUCAGCAAGUCCAAGAAGCGUGUUGCCAAUCUCGCCGAGGACAAUGAGCAGCGCCACUUCAAGCACACUCUCCAAUAUCACGACAAGCAUGACCGAUACGCCUUGACUGGAAUGGGUAAUGUACAUCUCCUUUUCGCCCGUGACAUGCGCCGCGACACAGAGCAGGACAAGGAGAAGCGCCGCAAGAUGUACCAGCGCGCCGUCGAAUUCUAUGACAAGGCUCUUCAGUUGGACCCCAAGAACGCAUACGCCGCUCAGGGUAUCGCCAUCGCUCUGAUCGACGACAGGAAGGAAUAUAGCGCUGCUGUGCAAGUUUUGUCCAAGAUUCGUGACACGAUCAAGGACCCCAGUGUCUACCUGAACCUUGGCCACGUCUACGCCGAGCUUCGCCAAUUCGCCCGGUCGAUUGAACAUUACGAGACAGCACUUUCUAAGGAUCGCGCCCGUGAUGUGCAGAUCUUGGCUUGCCUUGGACGUGUCUGGUGGCUGAAAGGAAAGCAAGAAGCAAAUCUCGCAGCCAUGAAGACCGCACUUGAAUACGCUGAGCGCGCCCGGACCGUGUCUCCGGAUCAACUCCACCUCCAGUUCAACGUUGCCUUUGUGCAAAACCAAAUCGCAUCCCUCGCCUACGGUCUACAGCCUACGCAAAAGACGCUUCAGGAUGUUCAGGAAGCGGCUGAUGGUCUCAAGGAAGCCAUCGAGACCUUCGAGCGACUCUCCAAAGAAAAGAGCCCACCGUACCCGAGUGCUGCUCUUGAGCAGCGUGCCAACAUGGGACGCACAAUUAGCAAGCAGCUUGAUCGUGCCAUGCAAAGUCAGAAGGAGUACGAAGAAAAGAACGCCGCCAAACUACAGCAAGCGCGCGAAGCUCGGGAAGAAGCAGCUCGCGUCCGUGAAGAAGCGCUCCGCAAGGCCCAGGAAGUCGAGACUGAGCGCAAGAAGCGUAUUGCCGAAGAGCGUGCUCAGAUGGUCGAGGAAGUUCAACGCCACGCUGCUAAACGCGCUGAAGAUGAUCGUGCACGUGAGGAAGCUGAGUUGACCAAUGAUUCCGAGACCGGCGACCGCGUUAAGCGCAAGAAGAAGCCUGUCAGCAAGCGCAAGAAGAAGGGAGAUGAUUUCAUUGCCGAAGAAGAUGACGAGCAUGAUGCGCACAGUGGGGAGAGUGACGCUGGGGAAGCGCCUAAGAAGAAACGACGCUUGGAACGCCGAUCUGGCAAGCCUAAGGCUGACAAGGAGAAGGCCGAGAAGCCCGGCAAGUACAAGAGCAGUGAGAUGGUCGUUGACUCGGAUGACGAACCGGCUUCUGAGAAGGAAGAGACUACGACGCGUCGACGGGGCAAUGCUUCCCGUCGUCUUGCCGAUGACGACGACGAGGAAGACGAGGAGCCAGAAGAGCAGCCAGAGCAGGAGCAGCCCGAGCCCGAGGCCGAGGCCGAGCAGUCAGAGCACGAGGCCAAUGUUCCCGUUGACGGGGCUGGCGAUGGUCCGGGUGACGAGGACGAGCUAUUCGGCGAGCCAUCCAAGACCCAGGACACCGAGAUGGAGGAUUGA